GCCAAUUCGAUGUAAAUACAGCAAACCCCCAGAAUACUUCAAUACAUGCACAAAAACCACCGGUUAUAUAUCAGAUGCAGUAUCAAGCUGAUCUCAAUAACUAAUGCUCCCGGAAAGCAGAGAAGAGGGUGUAUGCUACCCUCGGACCAUCUGGCGAGGCUGAUUGAGGCGGCGAUAAUUAGCUCCGGUGUCCGCGACUGCGCCGAUAAACGAUAACAUCAAAGUGCUCGUUCUAACUGUCGGCCCGCUUCCACCUCAAUUACUCCUCCUUUCCACAGAGAUCCCCGUCAGAACACUUAAUUGGACCUGAACAACUAGUCAGAAUGCCUUCUAACGCUGCUGCUUUCCUUGUCGGUGAGGCCGUCCGUCCGCUCGUCGUCGGCCCGGCUCCGUACCCCGUUCCAGGACCUUCGGAGAUCGUGGUGAAGAACGGUGCCGUGGCCAUCAACCCGAUCGAAUGGAUCCUGCAAGACCACCUUAUGGACUUCCCGAUGCACUAUCCAAUGAUUAUGGGCCAGGAUCUAGCAGGCGAGGUCGUCGAGAUCGGAAGCGAAGUGUCGCGGUUCAAGGUCGGCGACCGCGUGCUCGGCCACGGAUUCGGCAUGCUGCACAACAACAACGAUCCCGAGUCUGCGUUCCAGAACUACACGAUCGUGAGCGAGGACAUGGCUGCCGUCAUUGGCGACGACGUGUCCUUUGAACAAGCUUCCGUACUGCCGUUGUGCUUCUCGACCGCCGCGGGGGGUCUGUACCAGAAGGAGUUUCUGAAUCUUCCGCCGCCAUCGCUGAAUCCGACGCCAAAGGGCGAGACUCUCGUUAUCUGGGGAGGUGCCUCCUGCGUUGGCAGCAACGCUAUUCAGCUUGCAAUUGCGUCGGGCUACGAAGUCAUCGCGGUCGCGUCGGCAAAGAACGCAGACUACGUGAAGAAGCUCGGCGCGGUCGAGGCAUUCGACUACCGCAGCGAGACCGUCGUCGCAGACAUCAUCACCUAUUUGAAGGGCAAGACCAUUGCCGGUGCCUUCAACGCUGUCAAGGAUGGCUUUGACGGAUGUCUAGAGAUCGUGCAGGCCUCGCAGGGCGGCAAGUUCAUCACUUCCGUGCUUCCCGUGCCUGAGGUUUUACCCGCCGGCAUCAGCUCCCGAUUCAUCGUCAUGGACCCGCCACAGUUUGCAAAGUCGGCUUAUGUGGAGUAUUUGGCGCCCGCGUUGAAGCAGGGGAAGUAUAUUAUCGCGCCGAAGCCGUUGGUGAUUGGAAAGGGUCUUGAGUCUAUUCAGGCGGGAAUCGAUAGACAGAAGCAGGGUAUGUCUGCCGAGAAGGUCGUUAUCUCUUUGUAGACUCGAUUGUCCAUUAAAAAAGUCAGGCAUUGCACAAAACGCGCUUGCAUUUGUUUCUGAUCUCUAUUUUUAUUAUUUACUUGACUUGCUCAAAAUCACUCAAUAUAGCUUAGCAGACCCAACACUUCUCAUACUAUGAAAUCUUGUUACAUUCUCCACCAACCCUCCACUCGGCUGACAAGAAGUAUAAUCCGGAUAGAGAGUCAUCGCUAAUUCGGAUUAUCGGAUUUUUAGUCCCCCGGACAUGAUCGGCGUUAUCGCGGUAGCGAUCUUGUGCUAUUUCCGGGGUUAUUUACAGCCGAGGCUCUGUUCGAACAGAGGCAUAUAUAAACCGUCUACGUAGUAGAAUUAAUG